AUGUCUACUCUCUUGCAUCUUCCUCAUGAGAUUCUUCUGUGGAUAUACCGAAGCCUCGACAAUAUGUAUGACGCCGUGCACCUUGCCCAAUCAUGCAAAUUAUUAUCCUGCAUCUUCGACCGUCCACAGAACCGGUUGAAAAUCUUUCUUUCAGUCAUAAAUAAUAUGCCCCGGACCCCAAGCCCAGACAAAGCCUGGCUUGAAGAUCGCUUUGGCGCUGGUUCUCUAUGGCAACCUGAGGAAUCCGACAUCCCAUCGGCCCUCACGGAUUCAGGGACAAGAACGUUUCUGACUACUGUGGGAUUUCCUGCCGUCAAGCUCCGAUGCGCUUAUUUUGACUCUACGCAUUUAACGAAAGACGCGGGAUUCCUAGAACCCUACGACGCUGACGAGCUGUAUGGCGAGCGCUACCCUGAUGAUGACUCCCCUCCUACGAACCUCUGCUUCCAUUUCGGAAGUGUUGGUGAAUGGAUGAUGAUGGUAAGUGGCGAGGAUGGGGACGUGUCUCACUAUGAUCCUGCCGGUUGGGACCAUGCAGAUGGGUAUCAGGGGAUGAUCGCAGGUUCCCUGGAGAGUUUUGCAGUGCUAUUGGGGAUGCUGGCAGAGGUUGCGGAGAGGCCGUAUAUGGUGAGUGAUGGGUUGAGGGAGGAUGAAGAAAGAGAGGAGGCGCGCAAGGCUAUUCUAGAUAGACUGAGAGAGAGGAUGGUGGAGUAUGAUAGUUCCGUUGAGAAGGGGUCGAAGUUUUGGGAUGACGUAUUUGAGGGUUUGGAGUAG